CUGUUCGCAUCCGCCUUCUUUUUUCCAACAAGUGAAAAGACGUGGUCCACUUCUUUCAUUUCACAUGCAUCCCGCCUCACCGUCAUCACCUCCUCCACCUUCGCCUCCUCCUCCUCCUCCUCCUCCUCGCCCUCCUCGUACGCCGCCGCCUCCACCUCCGUCUUGACCUACGCUUCUGCCACUGCCUCUGCCGCCUCCUCUCGUUGCCUUGUUUUUUACCUGAGGUUUACACGAAUGUCCUCUCAGCGCAAACUCUCCGCCCGUGAACAUGCCCACAUGGCCUCCUCUUCCCUCCUCCUCGCUACCUUACUCGUGGCUUUGGAAUGCGGUCUAGUGGUGCCAGCUAAGGUUGUGCGUCCACGUUCCACCACCUUCCUCUCACCUCCUACCAUUGAAGUCGACCUGUGCACUGAUCUCCGCUCUGUCCGUCUGGGAGGUGGUGAUUUCACGGUAAAGGCUGUCACAUCCACACUACCAACCACCUCGUCUCAAUUGCACCAUCUCUCUCUGGUGCAUUGGUAUCACCACCUCCUCUUGCACCUCUCCACCACAGCGCAUGACAACCAUGCCACACGACUGCAGCUUUGA